UUUCAAUUGUACGAUAUUUCUCAUUCCCACUCUCACCCGUAUGUGGCCGUACGGCAGGGGUCGAUUCUCGAAAUACGCCUCCAGAAACAACAGAACCCAUCCAAGUUUAAACCUUCUGCCACUGUCCCUGUACCUUCACCCAAGCUCCCCGAGCAAUGCAGUCAGGGCAAGGGUCCCUCUUAGUCGUCUGGCCCAAGUAGGAUGUUUUGAUAACUGUCCCACAAUUGCCACAGUCCUGAUAUUCAAUAAUGUCUCCAGAUGGCGGCGGCGGAUUCUGACCUUGCGAGUGACUGACAGGUCGCAGUUCUGCGUUGUUUAAAUUGGGCUUUUAUAUCUUUCCGGGCGAUUAUGGAGUUGCACCCGGCACUAUAGUGUUAUCUAGCAGAUACCAACGGAUAUUUAAGUUGUUAAAGGCGCGGUUUCUGUGAACCACUUGCAUGGCUGCCGCCUGCCCCCAGGCUGCAAUUCAAACAAGUUCUCACCGGCCGACGAAUCCCUGCGGGGCUUCCACCUCAAGCUGUAGUGAUGAGUUGCCUCUCAGUCACAGUGCAUAUGAGUAAUGGACGCUAUUGGUCUAAUGAGCAAAAACGAAAAGAUUCUCUGAGUCAUUUAUCCCCCUCUCUGCAAGUCUGCUCCCCGCAGGUAGACUUGCAAGGCGCGGCUGGGAGGAAGAAGAGGGGCACUCAUUUUUAGAAUCCAAUCUGACGCCAUAGAUGCCUGUUGUUUCGUGCAAAGCCCGCUUAGUACCCUCACUUCUUUGGUUUGUUGAUGAGGCUGGCAAGCGAUGCCCUCUCUAUCUUAGGGAUUAACUGUGACAAGCGCACCGAAGUGGAAUAGCCCUUGACACUGCGAUUUAUGUUGGGCCCGACUUACAGUAAAAUAUCAGAGCAUUCUUUCGUUGGGCAUUCAUGCAUGAACAAUGUAUCCUUGUAGAUGUUAGCUGGGCUUCUGCAGGUUCUCCUCAAGCAUUCCAGACUGAGAUCAAAAACAAAAGUGAUGUUACCUAAAAAUGUGGAUCAAAGGCCACUUGAAAUGCGAAGGGAAGGAGGUAACUGAGCCUGAACUCCAGAUGGACGCCGUGAAGCACCAUGAGAGGCCAAGGAGCAGAAUAUCAAACCUCCUCUUUUUGCCUUACACUUGGCUAUGAUGCCGUGGUAUUUUUGGCCCAGUAUCUGUGUCUUUUCCGGUGAUGAAGGAUGCCUAACCUGAUUUAGUUUUGCCGCAUGAUUCUAGAUUAAUACAACCGUUCUCCCAACCGUUUUCAACUUUCCACAACUGUUUUCAACUUUUCCCAACUCUACUUCAUGCCUCAAGCUCAGUUUUCGGUGGAAUCCGCUGUUCGCCGGCUCCGCGAGUUUUCAGAGUUAACGGAACACCGGAUGGGCCUCAAACCAAGAGAAGCGAGGCGUGCUCACGCAGCAUUUCAGCUGUUAGCUACUGGGCCGCCAUCCGAUUCAAAAAGCGCUGGCCAAUCGAUAGAUUAUUUUGAGUUUCUCCAGAGGGUCAAAACUCUUACGGGCAAUGACGGAAUUGUUCUCUGCGCUGCUGGGCUUGGUCCAUCGGCCAUCGUCAACAUGAAGGACGCCGUUCGGGUGUACUUACCGUCCAAGCUGAAGCAGGAGUGGGCCGGUUUCAAAAUAGGUGUCCUUCAGGCCCUUGCGAAAAAUUACGCAAAAGGUGACUUCCACUCCGUCACUGCAGAGAAUAAAACUGAUCUGUGCAGCGACUAAGCAAGUUUAUGGUGGUGUUGACGAAGACAGUCGAAUUUUGCCUCCAAUCGAACCACAGAUAACUGGAACGGCAAAUUUUACAUCUGGCCCUGAAGAAAGGGGUAAAUCGCCCUAUAUCUAAGAACUUAACUAGGGUAGCUAACGGGACCCUAGCCUCCCUUUCCGGAGACGUCUAUGAACUUACAGUCGAAGAUGUACGAGGGAUAGCAACAAUGCCAGACCAGAUUACGGGCAAAAUUCGGUUGACUGAAACCUAUAACCCAUAUACGCCGUCAUUCAUCAUCAUUCCGAUCUCCAAUGAGCUCACAAAUCGAUUGAUCAUAAAUCGGCCAAGAGUUAUAUGAUUGCGGUCCAACUACUUAACAUUAUUCGCAACAGCAUAUCCUACUCGAAGAGAUCCUGAAACCCUAAACCACCAACCACUAUUUCAAGGGACGAUCACCAUAUGGCCGGCCUCUUCUGUUCCCACCCCAUUGACAUAAGAAUCGUCUUUCCUUUCAAAGAUGCGUAUGGCACCUUGACUAUUGACAACAUCAACAACAACUGCAACAGAGUUCUCUGGAGAAUCAAUUCAGAUCACCUUCAGAAGGUCAGUUCACAUUAUUGAAUUACAAUCAUCACAACCUUUCUUGAGAAAACUCAGUACUUCAUAUUAUUUCAUUUCCUGUUUUUAGUUUUCUUUAGCUUGAAUAUAUACUUUCUUGAUUUUCUCUAAGAGAUUAUCAUCAGUAGAGAAUGUCAUCCUGAUUUUUAUAAUCUCUUUACUCAUAACUGAAGCCUUCAUCUGACUGAACAGUGCUAAAACUUCUGUUAAGAUGAAUCAGACUGAGUAUCAACAGAUGACUAAUACUGAGAUAAAAUCAAAAAGUUAUAGACUAUGAAAU